AUGCUGCCUGGCUUGCUGUUUUCUUCCAGAAUCCUACUUGUCUAUUCCUUUAUAUUUGGCCGUUUACAAAUCCCAAUGGAAAUCGAGCUGGAAGAGCGGAAGCUUAUCUGUCAACUCGGCAGAUUCAACAAUUUUACAUCUCCUGCUUGCAUCUUCAUCCCCCCCUCCUCACUGUUUCAAUUUUCUUGCCUUUCCUUACAUUGUAUUCUCUUCUGUUUUGCAUCCAGGAAGGCUGCCCUCCGGUCAUUCACUCUUCAUCAGGCCACAUUUUUGUUUCUUUAUCAAUUUUCACAAAACCGUUCGUCAUUUCAUGCCUCCUACCCGAUCACAAACCUCUUUUGUUCAUAACACAUCCAUCCCUUCCACCUGCUUGAAACGUAUAACAUUUCCAUUAUUUAUCAGGUCAUACACGACUUAAAACUUCAACUUUUUUCGCACGACAUGGAGCCCCAGUGAAGAGGAAUUCCCAAUAUUUUCGCGCGUUAUUUUGUUGCAAAUCAAUCAGCAAGCCCUUUAAUGUAUUCAAUUAUCCCUGUGCGUGUGUGUAUUUGAUAGUUAACAAUGUCACCAGCAGGACAUUCAGCAACUUCCUCCCCUUCAUUCCGCCAUUUGUCAAGCUGGGGGCUCAGAGAGUGCAUGCGCACUUGCGUUUCCUUGUAACAAAAAGUUCCUAGUUUAAACAUGGGGAUCAUGUUCAAAGUGAGGAGUUUGAAGACUGACAGAACGUAUGGAAUCGUAGCCAGAGACUUGGAAGAUCUAAUGACAAAGGGAUGUCAGAAACUGCAGAUCCCACGUCGAAGAUGUCGCUUAUGUUUGUACAAAGAUGGGACAGAAGUUCAUGCUGACAAUUUCUCGUGUCUGGAAGAUAACUGUAAGCUUAUCUUUCUGGAGCAGGGACAGCAGUGGAAUGGAGAAAUUUGCUACUAUUUAAAUAAAAUAUUUCAUGACCAAAAUAAUGAAGAACUAAUUAUGAUUGCAAGACAAAUGUUAUCUGAUGAAACAGAACCCAGGAGAAAGAUGCUGCUGCAGUACAUUGUUCAAAACACUGCUGGAAAUAUAACAGCUGAAAAUCGUAAGGAUGACCAGGAGUGGUUUGAAGGUUUGGAAUCGCGAUUUAAAACCAAAUCUGAUUAUAUGAGAUUCAGUUGUGGCAGAAGAAUGAGAAAUUACCUGACAGAGGUUAAAAGCCAUGCUGAAAAUGUUGAUAAAAAUGUGAAGGAAAAGUACUGUGCAUUUGUAGCAAGAAUAGAGAAACUGCUUCAACAAAGUAAGUUCAAUGGGUGUUACUUUGACAGGACAGCAAAUGGUAAUAGUCGUCUCUGCACGGAUGAAGGAUGGUUUACUUGUCAGGGGGCGUUUGAUCAGCAGGAAUGCAGUUCUUUCCAUUCCAUCAAUCCAUAUGGUAACAAAGAAAACCGAAUUGUGUUUAGCACGUGGAACCUGGAUCACAGGAUUGAGAAGAAGAGGGCCAUCAUUCCAGCAAUAGUCAAUACUGUAAAGAAUCAGGACACCGAUGACAAUCAGGUUGAAUUUUUCUACAGUCACUUGUUUACUCUGGCCAACCUGAAGCUGGUUCACAUCGCCUGUCACAAGAAAACAGAGCACAGUCUUACAUGUGACCCACCUCCAACCAACAAAGUCAAGAAAAGAAAGAUGAAAAUGUCUUCAGCUCCCCCAAAGUCUGCUCGGAAGUAUUUUUCACAGAGUGCCAUAUAAUUUGCCUGAAGAAUGCCUUUCAGGAUUGGAGCGGAGAGCGUAUGUGGGUGAGAGGCUUCUCCAAAUUUACUGAAAUGUGCAAUCAUAAUCGAGGUGAGCUUUGCAAUUGAGCUCUCAGUGUGAAGCUCGUUAGUGAACUGAAUGCUGUGAAACGGUGAAUGCAUAAAUCAAGUGAUACAGGUUUGUGUAGACGCUCACAAAAUAUUAGCUAGUAUUGUCAGAAAAUCAGUGAUGGUCAAACUCAGGCAAUCAGUGACACUUAUCUAUGCCACGUUUCCUCAAAUUUAAAUGGAUCCCUUUUAAAAGUGAGGAUGGAUUGAUACAGUGGUAUUGUAGAACAGAAACAUACAGGCUGGUUUGUUCAAAUGUUCAGGCUUCAUUCAUCCAAAACAUUUCAAGUUCAAGCUAACUUAUUGAACAUCUUUAAAAGGGCAGCUAUCAAAUUCAGCUGAACGUAUUGAAUAUUUUUAAUAACAGUGCAAGUCUAUCUAUGAAACCUCCAUGUUACUUAGAAGUGAAUGACAGCAAAAGUGGAUAGUCCCUUCUAAGGUAUGACUCUGAUUGUUAAAUUUAAUGAGAGAAGCUUAAGAUAUUAAAAAGAGCUUGAACUGCUUUCUGUCCAAUAGGUAAUACAAGUCAACAGUGGAAUGAUGGUGGCAAUGGCAGCAGAAUCAUGUUAUGCUUUAUAGGUGGAAGGAGACACUGUUUACCUUCUCUAAUAGUCUUCACUUUGCAUAUAUACGGUUUAUACAAAGUAUUUCAAAGCAAAAGGAAGACGUUAUAUUGUGAGUUAUAUUUGACAAAAGCUAAGUAUAUCUCCUAUACAUAGGAUUGUCUGUUAGUGAGGGUAAUCCAGAUACCAUCAUUUGUGUUGGGUUCAAUCAGAAUCAAGAACCCAAGAGAAACAGAAACUUAUCAUUGAAGGUUGAUUCAAUGUUUCAGAGUUUAAUCUCAAAGUAUUCUCAAUAUUACAAGCUUCAAAUAGUUUCAGUCACUGGUCUCAAUAAUGUCAGUGAUUUGUGAAGUAUUUGUUAAUUAUGACACCAGUGAGUUGCCCUUACAACCACUGUUUUUCAUUUGGUUGUUACUGCAUCCAUUAAUGAUGUGUAAUUUAAAUUGUUAUAUAACUUUAAAUACAUUUUUCAUUUCUUGUAUUCUCUAUUUCAUUUAAAGUUGUGAAUUUGAUUUCCUUUUAGAUUUGUCAAUGAAGGCAAUUUGGUAAAUCAAUCCUCUGCGUAGCUAGUGGGAAUCCAAAUUGAGCACAAAAAAAGGAUAAAUUUGAUCUGAAAUUGUUCAUGUAAAACAAUUUGGUGCACUGACUCAGGCAACUUUCGUCUCGAGACCUAACAAUGGAUGGCAAACAACAGACUGCUCUGCAGUGAGGAAUUACAGUAAAAUAAUGUUUAUAGGUCCCUUGGCAUAAACUUUUGGUAUUCCUAAAAUCUAGAGUUCUUACAGAUCCAGAAUUAUUAGGUAGCAAUCAGGAGUAAGGACCAUAAUUGUUUGAUACUGUGCAAUGUUCGUGAUGAUGAAAGAGUUAUCAUUGUCUUCUCGCUAUUUCACUGAGAUCAUUCAUUACAGAGUAUGGAACUCUAUGACUCUGCAAUAGUAGUCAAUCCCAAUUCUUCACUGAGCCAUAGGAGUCCUAUUACAAAACAUUUUUUUAAUGUUCAAAUUAUGAUCUAUUUUUCUGUAAAUGUAUGAAUAUUUAAUUGUAUCAAAAGUAUGAAUUUUAAUGCAGAAGAAAAAUGUUGCAAAUUUCUCCAAAUCAUCCAAAAUCACCCAUUCUUAUGUUUGGAGAUUUGCUUCUGAAAUUAUUCUUAUGUCUUGGUGCUUGUGAUUUUUCCUAUUAAGCUCUGUCAUCUUAUGUUUGAGUGUAGCACAUGUUUUAUUAUACAUUUUGUAAAUAAUUGAUAAAUUACAGUCUGAGUUUAAAUUUGUAUACUUUGAAUCAUGUACAUCGAAUACAGCCUCCAAGUAUCGCUACUUGCCUACAACAAAGAUCACUUGUCUUGGUAACAAUGAGUCAGAAUAUGAUCUAUUACAACAAUUGUGGAAACAGGGAUAUAUAAAAAUGUGAAAAAAAAUGGAAUCUUUAAUCCAAUCAAUUGAUUCUAACAUUUUUGCUCUAGAAUGGAUCUGCCUUAAUUUUU